AAGUCACACCUCCAGGAAGCACGGGUUCUUAUAGAACGUUAAAGCACACACAUUGUGGGUAUGGAUGAACGCUAUUACAACCUGUCAAAGGAGCAAGCUGCAAUCAAAGCAAAAUACCCACCCGUGAUAAAAAAUCAUGAAUAUUUGGAUCACACCGCAGAUGUUCAGCUCCAUGCAUGGGGGGAGACUCUGGAAGAAGCUUUUGAGCAAUGUGCCAUGGCAAUGUUUGGUUACAUGACAGAUAUUGAGACAGUGGAACCGAUUGACACUGUGGAAGUGGAAACAGAAGGGGACGAUUUGAUAUCCCUCCUUUACCACUUCCUGGAUGAAUGGCUGUACAAAUUCAGUGCAGACCAGUUUUUCGUACCUAGGGAAGUGAAGGUGCUACAUAUAGAUCGAAUGAGCUUCAAGAUCCGUUCUAUUGGAUGGGGAGAAGAGUUUAAUUUAUCCAAACACCCUCAGGGAACAGAAGUCAAAGCCAUCACAUACUCUGCCAUGCAGAUCCACGAGGACCAAAAGCCUGAGGUGUAUGUAAUUAUUGAUAUCUGACUGCUCAUAUGGAUGGUGGAUCUAAGCGUGGGCUCUAGAGGGAGAAUAUUAUGUAACUUAAACUACAUACGAAAUUAAAUUAUGUGUAUGGUACAGGAUAUUGAUAUGUUGUUUACACUGAGAUAAUAAAUAUUUUUCAAUUAAA